AUGUCUCUCGGCAAGAAGGUCACCCUCAACACUGGCGCCCAGAUCCCCCAGCUGGGCUUUGGUACCUGGCAGUCCGCCCCCGGCCAAGUCGGCGAGGCCGUCUACGAGGCCCUGAAGGCCGGCUACCGCCACCUGGAUCUGGCUACUAUCUACCAGAACCAGCGUGAGGUGGCCGCCGGUAUCAAGCGCGCCUACCAGGAUGUCCCUGGUCUGAAGCGUGAAGACCUCUUCAUUGUGAGUGAUGCUCGUUUUCCACCCGCGAACGACCCCGGUCUAUAUAUGCAUGCCGGGAUUCUAACCUUUCUUCCUCCAACCAUAGACCUCCAAGCUGUGGAACAGCACCGACCCGAGGUUGUGGAGGCUUCUCUGGAUGCCUGCCUUGCUGAGCUGGAGCUCGACUACCUGGAUCUCUACCUGGUGCACUGGCCCGUUGCGUUCCAGAAGGGCGAGUCCUACUUCCCUCUCGUGGCGGGCAGCACCGUCGAGGGUGGCGAUGUGAUCAUUGAUGACGGGGUCUCCAUUGUGGACACCUGGAAGGCCAUGACCCAGCUCCCCAAGAGCAAGGCCCGCGCCGUCGGUGUCUCCAACCACACCAUCCCUCACCUGGAGGCGAUCAUCAAUGGCACCGGAGUUGUGCCCGCAGCCAACCAGAUCGAGCGCCACCCGGUGCUGCAGAGCAACGACCUGAUUGAGUACUGCCAGAAGAAGGGCAUCCACAUCACUGCUUACUCCGCCUUCGGCAACAACAUGCUCAACAUCCCUCUCCUGAUCACCCGCCCCGAAGUCAAGGAGGUGGCCGAGUCCGUUUCGAAGCGCACUGGCCAGGAGGUCACUGGUGCUCACGUUAUUCUCGCCUGGUCCCAGGUGGGCGGCCACAGUGUCAUCCCCAAGUCGGUGACACCGUCGCGUAUCCGCGACAACUUCAAGGAGGUGGAGCUCACCGCCGAGGAGAUCGAGAAGGUCAACGCUCUGGGCAAGGACCGCAGGCGCUACAACACUCCUUACACUGCUAACAAGCCCCGGUGGAACAUCAACAUCUUCGGCGAGGCCGAGGAGCAGCCCGCGGACCACAAGGUGGUUGUUUAG